UAUACUGGAACGGGAGUUUACCUUAGUGAUCAUGUGGUGCAUAAAAGAAGUUCAAGCAAUGGAAGGAUUUCAGACUAAUCUUGAGGAGAAUCUCUAAGUUGUCUAGAUCCUGAGGCUUCUUUCCGGGCGAAUUUUUAAGAGCAUUUCCUAGGGAAAAUGGAUGCUGGAGAUUCAGUAUAUGGUGUCAACAGUGUUGAGCAGAGUGGGGUUUAUAACUCCAACCAAGAGGUGAUGAUCACUGAGAAAGCAAACCGGGGUAGUGACGGUACUCCAGAGAGCAGAGUCCUUCCUUCUGCAGCGAAGAAAGCGGUCAACGGGUCGCCCCUCUCAGGGAAACUUUGUGGUUCAAACAUAACUGAGAGGGACGGCAUAGGUUUUUCUGAGUACUCAGGACAACCCCUAGACAUCGGUCUGAAAAAGAGAACGAAGAUUGGGAAGAAGUUUGCGACUCCAGCCGAAGAAGACAACAAUAUGGUACUCGGUGCAGCAGAUAUGCCCAAUAAAGGGAUGGGCCGUCUUCCUUCUUACAGCUUCAGUUUUAAGUGCGCUGAGAGGGCUCACAAAAGAAAAGAGUUCUACUUAAAGCAGGAGGAGAGACUCCGCACGAAGGAAACGGAGAGAGCGAUUAUGCUGGCCAAGCUCAAGGAAGCUGAAGAAGCAGAACUUGAGAUGCUUCGGAAGAGUCUAGUCAUUAAGGCAAAGCCAAUGCCGAGUUUCUACUUCGAACGCUCUCCAAUCCAGAUGGAGUUAAAGAAGGUCCCAGCAACAAAGGCUAAAUCGCCAGAGGACGGCCUCCCCUGCAGCGCCAAUGACAAAACCGCUCAAACGGGCUUCACAGCAUCAUCCCGGCCUCAGUUCAUGAGGCCACUCAAAAGCUCUGUCCCGCAAUUUCCUACCCAGAAGAAGGUCAAUGCACCGGAGAAUCCCCCGUCUCUCGUCAAAUCACCGCCCUGCCUGGUGGGAACGGAACACGGGGCCGGUAAUCCCACGUGCCGGGCCAACGAAAUGCGGAAGAUGGUUCAGAAAUACAAGAGAGAGAUGCAUUAAUCAGAGAAACUGUGGUUAUCUGCUUUGCAUUAUCGUCGAAUUAUUGGUAAAUCUUUUUGCAUGGUCUACUAUUUCUCCUUUGGAACUGUGUUAGUAAUAACUAAUAAGCAGCUGAUUUUGCUGUCCUGCUUCUUGCUGAUGCAUGAUGUGAGUGACUUGGUAAACACUUGGCCAAAGAACGGAUGCAGAAUUCUGAGGUUACCAUGUCUGUUUGCUGAUUAAGAUCUGUCGUUUCAUGUAAUCUUCUGUCCUUUCUUAACUUGAUGAAUCAGAGCUUUUCUUUUCCUUGUUCAUAUGUCUUUCAAGGUAGCUGCAGAUCCAU